CUCAUAAUCACAACGAAUCUUAAGCAAUCCAUUUAUUAUAAUGGACGAAAAAGACCACACCGUGUCUGAACAAUCAAACGCACCUGGUAUCGAAGCGGAGCGCGCGCGUCUGCGUCGCAACCAGCGAAACUCGAGGGCGAGGAAGCAGGCCUAUAUCCAAAAUCUCGAAAAGCAAUGGAAUGAAUGUAUGCGUUUAGGGGCUCAAGCCACUAUCGAGAUGCAAAAGGAAGCUCAGAGGGUUCAAGAAGAAAACCGACUCCUCCGAACUUUGCUACAUGAUCAAGGCUUCGACGAUGUGGCAAUCCAGCGUGUCAUUGAUGCUGCGAAGCUCGCAAAUGGAAGCACGAAUCAGAUGCAGAACUCGCGAGAUAGCUUAAAGACUGGUGGUGCAUCAUCCAAUUGCAAUUUCUCGCCUAUUCCAUGUCUACCGGCGCUGUCUCGGACGGAAAGACCACAGCUCUCGGAGGACCGAGAGGAUAGAUCCCAGCCGCCCCCGGUCCCACAUAAUUAUGUAGCGGAUCUCUUCAAUCCAGAUGAUGUCUUUAAUACCGAAAUCAAUAUAAACGAUCAAACGUACCAGAAUUAUCUCGAUUUCACAGAGAUAUUAUCUGACGAAUCUAUGAACUUCCCUGAUCUCUAUAACCCCGCGUUUCCAUUACAAGAUGAGUACCCGACGAAUGGUUCAAAGCAGGCGAGCGGGUAGUCAGCCAAACCCCCUGGAAAUGUUCCAUCGUACAUAGCCUCGAUCAUUCAAGGGCGCUACAUAGCCUCCAAACUCGCCAACUUUCUAACUAAUCGACAACAUACGAUUCUUCAUCAAUUGAAUCUAACGGUGCCUUGUGUGGCUUCCACCCCAUGCCCGCUUCAGUUAAAAAAGGAGCUCAGUCUAUCCUAAAUAUGCCUUGUGCUCCUGGGCACAGCCUCACCACAAUUCGUCGCCUCUUCUCCAGACAAUUGGCUUGGUUGAGUUAGCAUAUAAAUACCAGCCGGUGUAUC